GAUCUCCGGUACCAUCUAGGAGAACCCAUCAUUGGAGUUAAAAACCAAAGCCAGAUUCUCUUCUUUCAAUUCCCACCUCACCUUUUCUUACAAAUUAUGGAAACCCUGUGGCGAGCGGCGACGGGUCAGGAGCCUAACCCGGAAGACUACAAGGGCAUCGAGUUCUGGUCCAACCCGGAGCGAUCCGGGUGGCUUACCAAGCAAGGAGACUACAUCAAGACUUGGCGACGCCGCUGGUUCGUCUUGAAACAAAGCAAGCUCGUCUGGUUCAAGGACUCAGAUGUCACUCGCGGCUCCGCUCCACGUGGCGUGAUCGAAGUGGGAAAAUGCCUAACCGUCAAGGGUGCUGAGGAUAUCGUGAACAAACCUUUCGCCUUUGAAUUAUCUACCAAUCAUGACACGAUGUACUUCAUUGCGGAUACAGAGAAGGAGAAGGAGGAGUGGAUCAACUCGAUUGGUCGAUCGAUCGUGCAGCACUCGAGGUCAGUGACCGAAUCUGAGGUUGUUGAUUACGAUAGCAGAAGAGGAUGAUCGUGUAUAAAUAGGUUCGCUUUUUCUUUUCUUUUGUUGUUUUUUUUUAAAUAUGGUCUUUCUAUGGUUAUCUGUUUAUGCAAUUGCUAUUGUGUAUCUGUAAUGCUUUGAAUUGGAUUUGAUCAGUGUCUAAUUGCGCUUUAUUUUGGAAGUUGGAUGUUGCUUGUUUUUCUUUUCAA